AUGUACAAAAGGUUAGUGGAGUAGCCUACUUGUUUCUGUUAAAAUAGAGAUGGUAUCUGGUCAGUCAAAAAGCAUGCUUAUCAUGGACCAAGUCAGUUACAGUAGUCUACAUAGGCAGGUAAUAGUCUACUGUUAACUUCAUAGUUGUAUUCAAUCUAGGCUGCUGGUCAUCUUUAGGUUUUGUUUAUACAUAAUGUAUAGGGACGGUAUCAAUCAGCAUUUUCUCUGUAGGAAUCUAUCAUAGCACUUAUAUCCAUCUCUGCAUCUCUGCAUCUAUCUGUCUCUGCAUCUAUCUGUCUCUGCAUCUAUCUGUCUCUGCAUCUAUCUGUCUCUGCAUCUAUCUGUCUCUGCAUCUAUCUGUCUCUGCAUCUAUCUGUCUCUGCAUCUAUCUGUCUCUGCAUCUAUCCGUCUCUGCAUCUAUCUGUCUCUGCAUCUAUCUGUCUCUGCAUCUAUCUGUCUCUGCAUCUAUCUGUCUCUGCAUCUAUCUGUCUCUGCAUCUAUCUGUCUCUGCAUCUAUCUGUCUCUGCAUCUAUCUCUGAUCUAUCCGUCUUGCAUCUAUCCUGUCUCUGCAUCUAUCUGUCUCUGCAUCUAUCUGUCUCUGCAUCUAUCUGUCUCUGCAUCUAUCUGUCUCUGCAUCUAUCUGUCUCUGCAUCUAUCUGUCUCUGCAUCUAUCUGUCUCUGCAUCUAUCUGUCUCUGCAUCUAUCUGUCUCUGCAUCUAUCUGUCUCUGCAUCUAUCUGUUUCUCUGCAUCUUAAUGGUGAUGGCCUUAUAGUAGCCUUCAGUGGAUUCAGAAAGUAUUCAGACCCCUUGACUUUUUCCACAUUUUGUUACACUACAGCCUUAUUCUAAAAUUGAUUAAAUAAAUGUUUUUCCUCAUCAAUCUACACACAAUACCCCAUAAUGACAAAGCGAAAACAGGUUUUUUGAAAUGUUUGCAAAUGUAUUAAAAAUAAAGAAACGGAAAUACCUUAUUGCAUAAGUAUUCAGACCCUUUGCUAUGAGACUCAAAAUUGAGCUCAGGUGCAUCUUGUUUCCAUUGAUCAUCCUUGAUAUGUUUGUACAACUUGGGAGUCCACCUGUGGUAAAUUACAUUGAUUGUACAUUUGGAAAGGCACACGCCUGUCUAUAUAAGGUCCCACAGUUGACAGGGCAUGUCAGAGCAAAAAACAAGCCAUGAGGUAGAAGAAAUUGUCCGUAGAGCUCCAAGACAGGAUUGUGUCGAGUCACAGAUCUGGGGAAGGGUACCGAAAAAUCAUUCAGCAUUGAAGGUCACCAAGAACACAGUGGCCUCCAUCAUUCAUAAAUGGAAGAAAUUUGGAACCACCAAGACUCUUCCUAGAACUGUCCGCUCAGCCAAACUGAGCAAUCGGGGGAGAAGGGCCUUGGUCAGGGAGGUGACCAAGAACCCGAUGGUCACUAUGACAGAGCUCCAGAGUUCCACUGUGGAGAUGGGAAAACCUUCCAGAAGGACAACCAUCUCUGCAGCCCUCCACCAAUCAGGCCUUUAUGGUAGAGUGGCCAGACGGUCGCCCCUCCUCAGUAAAAGGCACAUGACAGCCUGCUUGGAGUUUGCCAAAAGGCACCUAAAGGACUCUCAUACCAUGAGAAACAAGAUUCUCUGCUCUGAUGAAACCAAGAUUGAACUCUUUGGCCUGAAUGCCAAGCGUCACGUCUGGAGGAAACCUGGCACCAUCCCUACAGUGAAGCAUGGUGGUGGAAGCAUCAUGCUGUGGGGAUGUUUUUCAGCAUCAUGGACUGGGAGACUAGUCAGGGUCGAGGGAAAGAUGAACGGAGCAAAGUACAGAGAGAUCCUUGAUGAAAACCUGCUCCAGAGCGCUCAGGACCUCAGACUGGGGUGAAUGUUCACCUUCCAACAGGACAGCGACCCUAAGCACACAGCCAAGACAACGCAGGAGUGGCUUCGGGACAAGUCUCUGAAUGUUCUUGAGUGGCCCAGCCAGAGCCUGAAGUUGAACCCGAUCGAACAUCUCUGGAGAGACCUGAAAAUAGCUGUGCAGUGACGCUCCCCAUCCAACCUGACAGAGCUUGAGAGGAUCUGCAGAGAAGAAUGGGAGAAACUCCCCGAAUACAGGUGUGCCAAGCUUGUAUCUUCAUACCCAAGAAGACUCGAGGCUGUAAUCACUGCCAAAGGUGCUUCAACAAAGUACUGAGUAAAGUGUCUGAAUACUUACGUAAAUGUGAUAUUUCAGUUUUUUAAUGAAAAAUAAUAAUAAUACAAAAAUAUAAAAUAAACUGUUUUUGCAUUGUCAUUAUGGGGUAUUGUGUGUAGAUUGAUGAGGAAAAAAAUAUAAUCAAUCUUAGAAUAAGGCUGUAACGUAACAAAAUGUGGAAAAAGUCAAGGGGUCUGAAUACUUUCCGAAUGCACUGUACAUUACUGAUUACAAUUUUGUACAGUUAACUAGUAACUGUAAUGGAUUACAUUUAGAAAGUAACCUACCCAACCCUGUCCAUUAGUAGGCUACUCCAGGACCAAUCUCUUGGCACCCCGGUGAGUUUAUCAUUGGGUGAACCCUCAGCAGAACAGGGAACCCUCAGCAGAACAGGGAACCCUCAGCAGAACAGGGAACCCUCAGCAGAACAGGGAACCCUCAGCAGAACAGGGAACCCUCAGCAGAACAGGGAACCCUCAACAGAACAGGGAACCCUCAACAGAACAGGGAACCAUCAACAGAAACAGGGAACCCUCAGCAGAACAGGGAAACCCUCAGCCAGCACAGGGAACCCUCAGCAGAACAGGGAACCCUCAAACAGAAACAGGGAACCCUCAGCAGAACAGGGAACCCUCAGCAGAACAGGGAACCCUCAGCAGAACAGGGAACCCUCAGGGACAGGAACCCUCAGCAGCACAGGGAACCACUCGGGGCCCAAAACGGGGAAACCCUCAACAGAACAGGGAACCUCAACAGAACAGGGAACCCUCAGCAGAACCAGGGAAACCCUCAGCAGCAACAGGGAACCCUCAGCAGAACAGGGAACCCUCACAGAACGGGGAAAACCUCAGCAGAACAGGAACCUCACAGAACAGGGAACCCUCAACAGAACGGGGAAAACCCUAAAAAGAACAGGGAACCCCAGCAGAAACAGGGAACCCUCAGCAGCACAGGGAACCCCACCCGAACAGGGAAACCCUCAACAGAACAGGGAACCCUAAACAGAACAGGGAACCCUCAGCAGAACAGGGAACCUAAACAGAACAGGGAACCCUCACGGGAACAGGGAACCCUCACAGAACGGGGGAACCCUCAAAGAACAGGGAAACCCUCACAGAACAGGGAACCCUCACCCAAAAACGGGGAAACCCCUCACAGAAACGGGAACCUAAAGCAGAACAGGGAACCCUCAACAGACAGGGAACAGGGAGACCCUCAGCAGCACAGGGAACCCUCAGCAGAACAGGGAACCCUCAGCAGAACAGGGGAACCCUCAGCAGAACAGGGGAACCCUCAACAGAAACAGGGAACCCUCAGCAGAACAGGGAACCCUCAGCAGAAACAGGGAACCCUCAGCAGAACAGGGAACCCUCAACAGAAACAGGGAACCCUCAGCAGAACAGGGAACCCUCAGCAGAACAGGGAACCCUCAGCAGAACAGGGAACCUCAGCAGAAACAGGGAACCCUCAGCAGAACAGGGAAACCCUCAACAAAACCAGGGAACCCUCAGCAGAACAGGGAACCCUCAACAGAACAGGGAACCCUCAGCAGAACAGGGAACCCUCAACAGAACAGGGAACCCUCAGCAUAACAGGGAACCCUCAACAGAACAGGGAACCCUCAGCAGAACAGGGAACCCUCAGCAGAACAGGGAACCCUCAGCAGAACAGGGAACCCUCAGCAGAACGGGAACCCUCAAGCAGAACAGGGAACCCUCAGCAGAACAGGAAACCCUCAGCAGAACAGGAAACCCUCAGCAGAACAGGGAACCCUCAGCAGAACAGGGAACCCUCAGCAGAACAGGGAACCCUCAACAGAACAGGGAACCCUCAGCAGAACAGGGAACCCUCAGCAGAACAGGGAACCCUCAGCAGAACAGGGAACCCUCAGCAGAACAGGGAACCCUCAGCAGAACAGGAAACCCUCAGCAGAACAGGGAACCCUCAGCAGAACAGGGAACCCUCAGCAGAACAGGGAACCCUCAGCAGAACCACGUUGCCAGUCCAGAAGAUAUCAUAUGGUACAUCCCCUUUUCAUAGUUACAUUCAAGACAAGCUCUUUAUUAUUGAUCUCAGUUUGUCACCGUUAGUCAGCAGUGGGCCUACCCUGUAAUCUUUGUAGUAGUCCUAUAGCCUAUUAUUAAAGAUUCUCAUAAUGUCUCCAGACAAUUAAAGUGUCAUAGAAUUGCAUAAAAUGGGUUUGUAAAAGGCCCAUUCUUUCCCGAAUCUUCCUUCAAAAUGUCCCUCUGGUUGUGGCUGAGCUGCUUCCCCAAACAUGAAACCCACGCACCUCCUACGAUGUUGUGUAUCUUCUUAUAUUGGUUUACAGUUGGACUCUGACAGUCAGUUGACAUUUUUUUAGUUGCGCUGCCUACUUGGCAACAGCUCUAAUAACGGGCUUGUUUGCCAAUUCCUGGUGUUUCCUGGUCACAUUUAACCUGUAUUAUGCAUUAAUGACCUCUUGAAUUUAAGGGCAAAAUGUACAUUUACGCCUAAAUAGACAUACCCAAAAGUCAUUAUUUUUCAUUAGAUGGCCGUAAACAAUAACUGGUAAUGCUACAUAUUUUUUAGAAAGGUCCGGAACUCACCUUUCUGCAGUGGCGAUUUUAGCAUGUAAAUCUUGGUGGGGCAAACUCCCAUUUUUGGGGGGGGAUGCAUGCCAGAAAAGCCACGACACAACACAACACUAAACAAUACAUUCAUUGCACUAUAACGGUGAGAAACGGUGCCCACAAACUGUUAGGGCCUACAGUGAGGGAAAAAAGUAUUUGAUCCCCUGCUGAUUUUGUACGUUUGCCCACUGACAAAGACAUGAUCAGUCUAUAAUUUUAAUGGUAGGUUUAUUUGAACCGUGGGAGACAGAAUAACAACAACAAAAAUCCAGAAAAACGCAUGUCAAAAAUGUUAUAAAUUAAUUUGCAUUUUAAUGAGGGAAAUAAGUAUUUGACCCCCUCUCAAUCAGAAAGAUUUCUGGCUCCCAGGUGUCUUUUAUACAGGUAAUGAGCAGUAGUUUUGAGGGGGAAAGGGACCAAAUUAUUAGGGUGAGGCACAUGGGCUACUAACAGCUUACUACACAACAUACACUUAGUAUUACUUUCUUAGCUACAGUAUACGUAUCUCCCUGGCAUAGUACAUUUUUGGACUCACCUUGUUGUGCUGUGCUCACUUGAACAGGAAGGUGGCACGUCGGUCCAUCGUGGGCAAACUUUGUCAUCAAAGUCUGUCAUUCUCUGGAUGUUGCUUUCAAGACAACUGGGAACUGAGGAAAAACAACAAGGUUGAAUCACGACAUCAGUGAUCUUCAGGUCAGGUUAGCUACAGUUGAAGUCGGAAGUUUACAUGCACUUAUUUCUUGUUAACAAACUAUAGUUUUGGCAAGUCGGUUAGGACAUCUACUUUGUGCAUGACACAAGUCCUUUUUUCCAACAAUUGUUUACAGACAGACUAUUUCACUUAUAAUUCACUGUAUCACAAUUCCAGUGGGUCAGAAGUUUACAUACACUAAGUUGACUGUGCCUUUAAACAGCUUGGAAAAUUCCAGAAAAUGAUGUCAUGGCUUCAGAAGCCAAUUGGAGGUGUACCUGUGGAUGUAUUUCAAGGCCUACCUUCAAACUCAGUGCCUCUUUGCUUGACAUCAUGGGAAAAUGAAAAUAAAUCAGCCAAGAUCUCAGAAAGAAAAUUGCAGACCUCCACAAGUCUGGUUCAUCCUUGGGAGCAAUUUCCAAACGCCUGAAGGUACCACGUUCAUCUGUACAAACAAUAGUACGCAAGUAUAAACACCAUGGGACCUACGCAGCUGUCAUACCGCUCAGGAAGGAGACGUGUUCUGUCUCCUAGAGAUUAACGUACUUUGGUGCGAAAAGUGCAAAUCAAUCCCAGAACAACAGCAAAGGACCUUGUGAAAAUGCUGGAGGAAACAGGUACAAAAGUAUCUAUAUCCACAGUAAAACGAGUCCUAUAUCGAUAUAACCUGAAAGGCCGCUCAGAAAGGAAGAAGCCACUGCUCCAAAACCGCCAUAAAAAAGCCAGACUACGGUUUGCAACUGCACAUGGGGACAAAGAUUGUACUUUUUGGAGAAAUGUCCUCUGGUCUGAUGAAACAAAAAUAGAACUGUUUGGCCAUAAUGACCAUCGUUAUGUUUGGAGGAAAAAGAGGGUACUUGCAAGCCGAAGAACACCAUCCCAACCGUGAAGCACGGGGGUGGCAGCAUCAUGCUGUGGGGGUGCUUUGCUGCAGGAGGGACUGGUGCACUUCACAAAAUAGAUGGCAUCAUGAGGAAGGAAAAUUAUGUGGAUAUAUUGAAGCAUAUCUCAAGACAUCAGUCAGGAAGUUAAAGCUUGUUCGCAAAUGGGUCUUCCAAAUAGACAAUGACCCCAAGCAUACUUCCAAAGUUGUGGCAAAAUGGCUUAAGGACAACAAAGUCAAGGUAUUGGAGUGGCCAUCACAAAGCCCUGACCUCAAACCUAUAGAAAAUUUGUGGGCAGAACUGAAAAAACGUGUGCGAGCAAGGAGGCCUACAAACCUGACUCAGUUACACCAGCUCUGUCAGAAGGAAUGGGCCAAAAUUCACCCAACUUAUUGUGGGAAGCUUGUGGAAGGCUACCCGAAACGUUUGACCCAAGUUAAACAAUUUAAAGGCAAUGCUACCAAAUACUAAUUGAGUGUAUGUAAACUUCUGACCCACUGGGAAUGUGAUGAAAGAAAUAAAAGCUUAAAUAAAUAAUUUUCUCUACUUUUAUUCUGACAUUUCACAUUGUUAAAAUAAAGUGGUGAUCCUAACUGAUUUAAGAGAGGGAAUUUUUACUAGGAUUAAAUGUCAGGAAUUGUGAAAAACUGAGUUUAAAUGUGUUUGGCUAAGGUGUAUGUAAACGUCCGACUUCAAUUGUAUAUCCCUGGCAUAUUACAUAAUUUAUGCAGCAGCAUACAAGACAUUUUUGGACCCACCUUGUUGUGCUGUGCUCACUAGAACAGGAAUGUGGCGUGGCAGUCUUUCAUGGGCAAAUUAUAUCACCAAACUUUGUUAUCAAACUCUGGCAUUCUCUGAAUUGAUGGUACUUUCAAGACAACUGGGAACUCUGAAAAAAAACAAGGUUGAAUCAUGACGUCAGUGAUCUUCAGGUCGGAGCUCUAGAAAGAGGCCCGAGUUCCCGACUUGGAAUUUUGAGUUGGAUGACCGUUCAAAACGUAAUUUCCCAGUCGGAGCUCGUUCUUUUCCGAGUUCCCAGUUGUCUUGAACUCACUGAAGUCUAAGAUUUCCCAGUUCCGAGUUUCCAGUUGUUUUGAACGUGGCAGAAGUCAUGCUGGAUUGACAGCAAGGCCAAUGUAUUCACCCUUUUCUGGUCCGUGGUGUUGCAUGUUUAUCCUUUUAAGCUUGGAAAAGAGACCCUUAAACCCAGACUUGGACCACACACCCACUCCACUGAAUAGCAGGCUAGUGAUUGCUUUGCAAUGCUUGCAGUUAGCACACUGAUUCCUUCCAAACCACUCAUUAUUGAAUUUGUGAUUUCCGACUUGUUGUGUAAUGUUUAUGUCCAAUGGCCGAUGAGCACCGAUAAAUUGUUUCUAUAAUUUGAUUUAAAAGGAUUUGCCAGUAGAUUAUUGACUUGAUUCAUGAUGACUGCUAGCUUGCUAGCUAAGAUUUGGAAAGCAUGAUGUUGACAUGAUCAGUCCAAUCAAAGCUACUGUAGAUAUAAUGUGAUGUUGACAUGAUCAGUCCAAUCAAAGCUACUGUAGAUAUAGCAUGAUGUUGACAUGAUCAGUCCAAUCAAAGCUACUGUAGAUAUAAUGUGAUGUUGACAUGAUCAGUCCAAUCAAAGCUACUGUAGAUAUAGCAUGAUGUUGACAUGAUCAGUCCAAUCAAAGCUACUGUAGAUAUAGCAUGAUUUGACAUGAUUCAGGUCCAAUCAAAGCUACUGUAAUAUAUAGCAUGAUGUUGACAUGAUCAGUCCAAUCAAAGCUACUGUAGAUAUAAUGUGAUGUUGACAAUGAUCAGUCCAAUCAAAGCUACUGUAAGAUAUAGCAUGAUGUUGACAUGAAUCAGUCCAAAUCAAAGCUACUGUAGAUAUAGCAUGAUGUUGACAUGAUCAGUCCAAUCAAAGCUACUGUAGAUAUAGCAUGAUGUUGACAUGAUCAGUCCAAUCAAAAGCUACUGUAGAUAUAAUGUGAUGUUGACAGAUCAGUCCACAUCAAAGUUACUGUAGAUAUAGCAUGAUGUUUACAUGAUCAGUCCAAUCAAAGCUACUGUAGAUAUAGCAUGAUGUUGACAUGAUCAUCCAUCAAAGCUACUGGAGAUAUAGCAUGAUGUUGACAUGAUCAGUCCAAUCAAAAGCUACGGUAGAUAUCAUGAUGUUGACAUGAUCAGUCAACAAAGCUACUGUAGAUAUAAUGUGAUGUUGACAUGAUCAGUCCAAUCAAAGCUACUGUAGAUAUAGCAUGAUGUUGACGUGAUCAGUCCAAUCAAAGCUACUGUAGAUAUAGCAUGAUGUUGACAUGAUCAGUCCAAUCAAAGCUACUGUAGAUAUAGCAUGAUGUUGACAUGAUCAGUCCAAUCAAAGCUACUGUAGAUAUAGCAUGAUGUUGACAUGAUCAGUCCAAUCAAAGCUACUGUAGAUAUAGCAUGAUGUUGACAUGAUCAGUCCAAUCAAAGCUACUGUAGAUAUAGCAUGAUGUUGACAUGAUCAGUCCAACCAAAGCUACUGUAGAUAUAAUGUGAUGUUGACAUGAUCAGUCCAACCAAAGCUACUGUAGAUAUAGCAUGAUGUUGACAUGAUCAGUCCAACCAAAGCUACUGUAGAUAUAAUGUGAUGUUGACAUGAUCAGUCCAAUCAAAGCUACUGUAGAUAUAGUAUGAUGUUGACGUGAUCAGUCCAACCAAAGCUACUGUAGAUAUAAUGUGAUUUGACAUGAUCAGUCCAAUCAAAGCUACUGUAGAUAUAAUGUGAUUUGACGUAAUGUAUCUGUGGCUAAUGACCGUGAGCCUUCUUGGAUGGGCACUUCCAAUGUAACUCUAUGCCAGCACCUAAGGGGCUUGAACUUUCGAGCUCUCCCCGUAGAUUUUGCGGUGACAUAGUGUCCCCAUGAGUGACAGAACACUGAGCCAAUCACGGCGCAACUAGAGAACAUUACCAACGCUUAUGCUCCGUAUUUUCCGCUGGCUGCCCCUCCACCACAGAAAGCACUGAGCUAGGCUGAAACACCUGCAUUUUGGAGUUGCCUUACUCAAGAAAGCAAAAAAGAGACCAUCAUUGUAUGUGUCUAUAUUAAAUCAAUGAUGAUUAAUUUUUUACAUUCUUUGCAAACUGAUAUGUAACACGUAUUAAUGCCAAAAUAACAUACAAAACAGGCUCUGCCCCACCUGCUCUGAAUGAAGGGUCGGCACUGCCUUUCUGCUAAAAAUAGUUCUAAAUUGCUGAGGUGGUUUUCACUUUUGAGGAUACAAGUACAUAGUGCACAUACUUUGAAAAGAUGAGAAAUCAUAUACGAUUGUAUUCCUAUUCAACAAAAGUGGGGCAAUAUGGAUUGAAAUGACUGAAAUUCUUUAUAAAUAUAGUAAAAAUCAAAUUAUAUGAUAUUGGUUAUUAUAUGAAAUAUUGGUCGGAACCGGUCCAGAACCUCAAAGUACACUAUAUAGGGGAUUAUAUGAUGCAAUGUGAUUGCACUCAUUUUCACUUAAAUAUGGCAGGGUAUUGUUGCAUGUAUAUUUGCUGGAAAAUGUUGGCCAAGUCACUUUUACUCAGGCCUAGCCACAAUUUGUGCCUAUGCCGCAGGUGUGAUUAGUGAAAUAUAUAAUGGAGAGAUCCGGUGAGAGCAGAUGGUGCUGUUUUACCCGGCUGACUUCUAAAAACUAAUGGCAUCUAUCUUUAAAUGAGACCACAUUAAUCCUCACUAAGGGGGAGGAGGAGAGAGUUGGAGAAGAAUAGAGCAAGGGUGAGGGGAAAGUGGGAGAGAAAGACAGAGUCUCUCUGUCUCAUGCGAGCGAGAUCAGAGGAUAUAUGGAGAUCGAAAGUCGAUAGAGAGAGACUAGAGAGUAGAUCACAGAGAGACCGAGAGAAGAGAAGAGAGAGAGAGCACAGACAACCGACAGACAGACAAAGAGAGAGAGAGAGCUAUAGAGAGAGACGAGAGAGAGAUAGAGAUAGUAGAGAGAGAGAGAGAGACAAGAGACAGAGAAUGAUAGAGAGAGACAUAGAGAGACGGAGACAUAGAGAGAGUGAGAGAGGAGAGAGAGCAGAGAUCGAGAGAGAGAGAGAAGAGAGAGGAGAGAGAUAGAGAGAGAGAGAGAGACUGAGAGAGAGAAGAGAAGAAAAAUAUAGAGGGCGAGAUCAUCUGUAUGAGAGAGAGAGAGAGAGAGAGAGGAGAAAAGAGGGCGUCAUCUGUAGCAGAGAGAUCUAGAGUAGGACAGAAUAUAAACUAUAGUAACUAUAGUUACUGAGCUCUGUCAGUCACAGACAUAUAUACUGUAUUCAGUCUAUAGUAACUGAGCUCUGAAACAGGUUACUAACAUGUGUGCGUAAGAGCCUGUGGGUGGGUGGGUGUGUGGGGGGGGUCCAGAUGAUAGCCCUGCAGUGCUCCUGUCUUUAUCCUGUGGGUGGGUGGGUGUGUGGGGGGGGGUCCAGAUGAUAGCCCUGCAGUGCUCCUGUCUUUAUUAAUAGAAUGGAAAGAAUCGCAGAGGCACAGAGCGACACACAUGACCCCGGUCCUGAGUAGUUCACUUGCUGAGUGGAGAACUUGAUCAGCAAAAUUGGAUGAGGCUAGUAACACACUGUGUCCAGUGACAUGCACUGCAGAACAAACAGGCCGAAUGUUCGUUUGGUCAGGUUUAAGUAGGGUGGCAGUUGGGAUUAAGGAGAGUGACGACAGAUGCGGAGGAAUAUUUGUAGCUGAUGCUUGUUGAGGAACUGCGUUCAAGGCAACUAGUUAAAGUGUUGCGAACCGGCUUGGAGGCUGAUUGGCAAUUAGUAGCAGCUGGUGCUUGUUGAGUUGCUAGGGAGCUACGUUCAAGGCAACUAGUUAAAGCGGUUGCAUUCAAGUCCAGUCCUCUCUCCUGUGUUUUUGUUCCUUCUUAACCAUUAAAUGAAUCAGAACUCCUGACUUUCAAGAUUUGUGAGAAGAGGUCUUGGAAUUGAUUCUACCUUUCCAAGAACAGUUGUUUCAACAUUGGGUUAUAUAUUAGUAUAUACACUAGACUACGUGUGGUUUGUAUUAGUGUAUACACUAGGCUAUGUGUGGGUGAUAUUAGUGUAUACACUAGGCUAUGUGUGGGUUAUAUUAGUAUAUACACUAGGCUAUGUGUGGGUUAUAUUAGUGUAUACACUAGGCUAUGUGUGGGUUAUAGUAGUGUAUACACUAGGCUAUGUGUGGGUGAUAUUAGUAUAUACACUAGACUAUGUGUGGGUUAUAUUAGUGUAUACACUAGGCUAUGUGUGGGUUAUAGUAGUGUAUACACUAGGCUAUGUGUGGGUGAUAUUAGUGUAUACACUAGGCUAUGUGUGGGUUAUAUUAGUGUAUACACUAGGCUAUGUGUGGGUUAUAGUAGUGUAUACACUAGGCUAUGUGUGGGUUAUAUUAGUGUAUACACUAGGCUAUGUGUGGGUUAUAGUAGUGUAUACACUAGGCUAUGUGUGGGUUAUAUUAGUGUAUACACUAGGCUAUGUGUGGGUGAUAUUAGUGUAUACACUAGGCUAUGUGUGGGUUAUAUUAGUGUAUACACUAGGCUAUGUGUGGGUUAUAUUAGUGUAUACACUAGGCUAUGUGUGGGUUAUAUUAGUAGAUACACUAGGCUAUGUGUGGGUUAUAUUAGUAGAUACACUAGGCUAUGUGUGGGUUAUAGUAGUGUAUACACUAGGCUAUGUGUGGGUUAUAUUAGUGUAUACACUAGGCUAUGUGUGGGUUAUAUUAGUGUAUACACUAGGCUAUGUGUGGGUUAUAGUAGUGUAUACACUAGGCUAUGUGUGGGCAUGCUUUACACCUGGUUGUCUAGGUCUUAAUUGAAAGGAAAACCCAGCAGAGACUAGGCCCUCAAUUAAUGAGUUCGACACCCCUGUUAUGCACUGUCCUCCUCUAGUAGUCAAGGUUACAGGACACACACACUAUUGUCUGGUUGUCCACACCUUCACAGAUCAGAAAUAUCAUAAAGGAUGACAUAAUAUGUCUUUAUGUAGGUGUUUGCCAAAUUAGGGAGCUAUAACAUUUACUUUCCUCCUAUCAAAUUCACAUUCAACCAAUUCACAUUCAUCUCAUUCACAUACAUCCAAUUCACAUUCAUCCAAUUCACAUUCAUCCAAUUCACGUUCAUCCAAUUCACAUUCAUCCAAUUCACAUUCAUCCAAUUCACAUUCAUCCAAUUCACAUUCAUCCAAUUCACAUUCCUCCAAGAAGCUGUUCAACAGUCUGAUGGUAAUAGAAGCUGUUCAACAGUCUGAUGGUAAUAGAAGCUGUUCAACAGUCUGAUGGUCUGGUAAUAGAAGCUGUUCAACAGUCUGAUGGUAAUAGAAGCUGUUCAACAGUCUGAUGGUAAUAGAAGCUGUUCAACAGUCUGAUGGUAAUAGAAGCUGUUCAACAGUUUGAUGGUUGAAUAGAAGCUGUUCAACAGUCGGAUGGUAAUACAAGCUGUUCAACGACCCGAUGGUAUAAACUGUUCAACGUUGAUGGUAAUAAACUGUUCAAACAGCUGAUGGUAAUGAGACGCCUUCAAGUCUGAUGGUAUAGAAGCUGUCAACAGUCUGAUGCUAAUGAGCUGUUCACGUCUGAUGUCAACCAGUCUGAUGGUAAUAGAAGCUGUUCAACAGUCUGAUGGUAAUAGAAGCGGUUCAACAGUCUGAUGGUCUGGUGAUAGAAGCUGAUUCAAACAGUAUGAUGGUCUGUAAAAAAAACAAAAAAACAAUUAAGCUGUUCCCUUUCAGUGGGUAACAUACUAUGGGGAGUCAACGACCAAUCAUAUUCACUUGAUGAAAACUGAAAUCACGCCCAAUGGGCCAAUGGAUACUGAGCCCGCCCUCGGAAGUCCUGACUUCCUGGCUAUAAUACCGGGGCUCGCAUUCGUUUCCUCAAUUCUUUGCUCUUCAGGUCGCCUAAAGGGGGGGGGGGGCUAG